AUGAGCGAGGAAGAAACCAAGCCGGUGCCUACUGAGGCUGCCGCCCCUGUAGCCGCCACCGCGGAUUCUGAGACCACUGCGAAGCCAGAAACCUCUCAGGAGGUAGCCCCUGCUGCUGCUGAUGCGCAAAAGGACAAGGACGCUGCCGACGAAAAUGCCGCGGCCAAUGCGGAGAAGGAGGCUCCUCCCAAGCCCGCGAACAUCCUCAAGACAACCGCCCAGAUCAAUCGUGAGGACCAUACCAAGAACGUCAAGUCGGAUCCCAAGCUACUCCCCGUCACCGAUGACCCCGUAGCCAUUCGCAGCCAGGUCGAGUAUUACUUCGGCGACUCCAACUUGCCUCGUGAUAAGUUUAUGUGGGAAUCCACUGGAGGAGAAGAGAACAAGCCAGUCUCCAUCAAGACCCUCUGCUCCUUCCAGCGAAUGCGCCGAUUCCAGCCCUACACUGCCGUCGUCGCUGCCCUCCGUGAAAGCUCCCGCCUCGUUGUCGGUGGUGAGGAGGGCGAGGAAACCAUCAAACGAAAGUACCCCUACAAGCCCAGCAGCGAUCGAAAGAAGGCCGCUGAGGCCGCGAGUGUCUACGUUAAGGGAUUUGGUGACGAGGUUGCCACCACCCAGUUCGACAUUGAGGCUUUCUUCGCCCAAUAUGGUCCUAUCAACUACAUCAAGUUGAGGCGCACCCCCGAAAAGCUUUUCAAGGGCUCUGUCUUUGUCGAGUUCCAGGACGAAGAACUCGCGAAGAAGUUCAUUGAACUUAGCCCCAAGUGGAAGGAUCAUGACUUGAAGAUCAUGACGAAGAAGGCGUACUGUGACGAGAAGAACGAAUUGAUCAGGGACGGCAAGAUCCAGCCGAGCUCUUCCGGUAAGCCAUUCUUCGAGGGACGUGAGGGUGCCUCCCGAGGUCGUGGUCGUGGUCGUGGUGGACGGGGCAAUGGACGUGGUGGUCAUGAGUCCACCGAUCCCAACGACUGGAAGAAGCGCCGGGAUGAAGAUCGAAAGAACGGCUUCAAUGAUCGACGAGGUGGUCGUGGUCGUGGCCGAGGUCGUGGAUUCCGUGGUCGGGGUCGUGGCGGCCGUGGUGGUCGCGAUGGCCGUGACGGUCGUGAUGACCGCCAGAACGGCGAUGACAAGAAGCCUGCGCAGGAGCGCAAAGAGCAUGAUGUUAAUGGUGUCAAGCCGCGAAUCAAUGCUACCGAACCUCCCAAGGCGGCUUCGGAGACCAAUGGAAAGCGAGCCCGUGACGAUGAUGGAGCUGCGGGUGAGCGGCCUGCUAAGAAGGUGGAUGUCAAGGCGGAGGCGGCGUAA